AUGGCUGCAGCAUCCCUGGCCACCAUCGCAAAGAGCCGGUCUGCCACAACAGCGCAGCCGGCCAAUACAUUUAACACAGCUACCGGCCUACUAGACUCUGGAAGCGAGGAUUCGGAUUUUGAGAACUCUGAGGAGGACAUUAACCGCCUUCACGAGGCGAACAAAAAGAGCGUCCCGCAGAGGAAGGACAACCCUAGAUCUGCAUGUGUUGGGUGCGGAGGCAACCACGAGAGAGCUGAGUGCAGAUUUAGGCAAGCCCUCUGCCAGCGAUGUGGCAGGAAGGGCCACAUCGCUCGGGUGUGCCGAGCCGCGCAGCCCAUGUCCUCCUCUGAAUUCCAAACCGAUCGGUCCCGACAACCGAGGAACCGGACGAAUGGCCCUAAGAAGGCCAGGAUGGACUGCCACGCCAUCCUCCGAAAUUCUACCCAGGAUCUCUCCUGCCACCAGAUCCAGAAAAAGAUACAGCUAACUGUUACGGUGGAAGGGAAGCCCUGCGAGAUGGAGUUAGACACCGGAUCCGCAACCUCCAUCGUUUCCUGGAGCACGAUUAAGCGCCUGUUGCCACAGCUGUCAAAACGCCAAUUACAAGACUGUAGUCUUACGUUACGGGACUAUCAGGGCAACCUGAUUCCAGUAAUUGGCACCCGCAAGGUCAGAGUGCAGUUCAAGGGGUUCGACGGCCGGUUACCCCUCAUCAUAGUUGAAGGGCGGCUGCCCAGCCUUCUCGGCCUCGACUGGUUCCAGUCCCUCGGCCUGCAGAUCAGCAGUAUCCACCAUCUAAGCGAGUCAGCCCUUGAUUGCCUAGUAGCCGAAUUCCCUGCGGUGUUUGAUGGCUCACUAGGCAAAUACACUGGCACACCCGUGUCUUUUAACCUCGACCCGUCAGUACAGCCGGUGCGAAUGAAGCCUCGCCGAGUACCCAUCGCACUCAAACCAAAAGUGGACGCCGAGUUGGACAGGCUGGUGGCUCAAGGCGUCUUGGAGCCAGUGGACCAUGCCCGGUGGGAAACACCCAUUGUGUUACCCAUCAAGCCAGAUGGCAGCGUAAGGAUUUGCGCUGACUACCGCUGCUCGAUCAACCGUGCCUUGCCUUCCAACGCGUACCCGGUGCCAGUGGUCCAGCAUUCUGCACACCUGGGCGAGGGGACUGUUUUCGCGAAGCUCGACCUCGCCCGAGCCUAUCAACAGCUGGUGGUGGACGAUGAAGCAGCGGAAGCACAGACAAUUAUCACACACCGGGGCGCUUUCCUUUGCUGCAGAUUGCAGUUUGGGGUCAGCAUUGCCCCAGGACUGUUCCAGAUUUUGAUGGAGCGGUUGCUCCAAGGACUCCGAGGCGUCGUCCCCUAUUUUGACGACAUCCUCGUGUCAGCCACCUCCAUGGACGAACUCAUGGCCCGUUUGCGCUUGGUUCUCCAACGUUUCCAACAAGUGGGGCUGAAGGUCAAGAGAGACAAGUGCCAGGUUGCGGUAUCCCAGAUAGAAUUCCUUGGCUUCCUUAUCGAUGACAGGGGCAUCCACCCCACGGCUGCCAAAACCAAAGCCAUCGUGGAGGCCCCUGCUCCCACUAACAGAGCUGAAUUACAGGCCUUUUUAGGCCUCCUCAAUUUUUACGCUGUCUUCCUUCCCCACAAGGCAACGGUAGCUGAGCCACUUCAUCGCCUCCUAGACUCAGGUGCCCCCUGGGUUUGGGGCCGCCGAGAGGCCUCCGCUUUCCUAGCUGUCAAACACCUGCUCAUCUCUAACGAUGUCCUAGUGCAGUACAGCGAACACUUGCCCCUCGUGCUCGCUUGUGAUGCUUCACCCUAUGGGGUGGGCGCCGUUCUCUGUCACCAGCUACCCAGUGGGGCAGAGGUGCCAGUCGCCUAUUUUUCCCGCACGCUCUCUGCCUCUGAACGCAACUACGCGCAAAUUGACAAAGAGGCUCUUGCCAUUGUGGCCGGGGUGCACCGUUUCCAUCACUAUUUGUACGGCCGCCCAUUCCAAAUUGUCACCGAUCACAAGCCCCUACUCGGGUUGCUGGCCGGAGAUCGCCCUGCCCCUCAGGUCCUAUCUCCACGCAUGACUCGUUGGUUUGUGUUCCUGGCUGCCUACGACCAUCAGUUGCACCACCGACCAGGGAAGCAGAUUGCUCAUGCCGACGCCCUCAGCCGUUGCCCCCUGCCAGAAGCUGCUGAAGACCCUGCUGCUGUGGCACCGGUAUUCCUUAUAGACGACCUCAACCUUCCACUCUCUGCCGCCGACAUCACCCGGCUGUCCGCAAGGGAUCAGGUAAUAUCCCGGGUGCUAGAUUGGGUUAGGCGAGGGUGGCCGAAAGACCCCGUGGACCCCGUUUUCCUUCCCUUCAAAUCACGCCUGGCGGAGUUAUCCGUCCAGCGCGGCUGCUUACUGUGGGGCCAUAGGGUAGUCGUACCAGCCUCACUGAGGACUACCGUCCUGCGGCAGCUGCAUCACGCUCACCCCGGAAUAGUCCGGAUGAAGGCCCUAGGUAGGAGCUACGUCUGGUGGCCCAAGCUUGACCAAGACAUAGCCGAUCAUGUCGCCGGCUGCCCGCAAUGCCAGUGCGCCCAGGCACUGCCGCCUAAAGCCGAGCCGCGAACGUGGGAGCCGCCAUCCACUCCCUGGUCCCGGAUCCACGUUGACUUUGCAGGCCCCAUUCACGGCCGCAUGCUAUUCAUUGCUGUGGACGCCUUCUCGAAAUGGGUCGAGGUCGUCCACAUGUCCUCCACCACAGCAGAGGCGCUAAUCGCGACCCUGCGCCACCUAUUUACCACCCAUGGCCUACCUGACAUGUUAGUGUCCGACAACGGGCCUCAACUGACAGCUACCAAGUUUGAGGCAUUUCUCGCUUCCCAGGGCAUCCGACAUGCCCUCACCUCCCCUUUCCACCCCUCUAGCAAUGGCUUGGCGGAGCGCGCUGUGCGCUCCGUCAAGGAAGCUCUAUCCAAAAUGGACCACCUUCCUUGGCAGGAACGCAUUGAUGCCUUCUUGUUAGCCCAGCACUCCACUCCCUCGCCAGAGUCCAAUACGAGCCCAGCCGAGCGUCUCAUGGGACGGCGGUUGCGUACAACCCUGGACCGUUUGCACCCUGCCUAUUCCACUCCAACACCCUUGGAUUCCCAGGGCGGGUCCCGCUCCUUCGGCCAGGGGCAGGCAGUGUAUGCCCGGAAUUAUGGAGGGCAUCCCUUGUGGCUACCGGGCGUAAUAACUGACCAGACCGGGCCCUGCUCCUACAGGGUCAGGCUCCUCGACGGCAGAGCCUGGAAACGCCACUGCGACCAGUUGCGGAGCAGGCACCAACCAACAACAAGCCAGCAGCCGUCAACUGACCUGCCAACUCUGACAACUCCGACGAACGACGCAGGGCCCAGAAACGAGGAGGCCAACAGAGGACAAGCAGCCGGAGCCCCAAACCGAAGCGGCAACUUACUUGGUGGGCCAGCACCGUCCUGCGCUCUUCGACGGCCCGGGCGAUCUCCGUCCUCCAAUGCAGAGUCCUCGGGCAAACAACCAGAGCCUCCAAGCGGUGCAGAAGGGCCUAGGACAUCCAGCCGCAUCAGGCGGCGUCCAGCAUACUUACAAGACUACGCCUGCGCAAACUUAGGGGGGAGGAGUGUUGUAUUCUGA